AUGGCCGCCACCGGUAUCCCAGUCAUGACUACCCUCUCCAUGUGCCACACGAAGCCUAUGCGCUUCAGGACCUUGCCAUGCGAUCAACUCCCGCUGUCGGUCCAGAGCAAGAACGCCGCUCUCGUCGGAUCGCAGAGCAUUCCCACCACCGUGCCAACUCAUUCAUGUACUGGAGUCGACGCCCCGCAUGGCAACCUCUACCGCAUUCGAGAAGUAGAUGUCGUCUGUAUAGAGUACGCUGGGGUCGACUCGGACGGAUUAAGUCGCUCAGAUGUGCUGGAAGACGUCGAAGUCAAGCAGCGAAGCAAGUUCGCCCUGUUUUUCAAAGGACUCCGUCGUGUACGUUCUGCGCCGGAUCUGGGAACUCCGCCCCUACAGCCGAUCGGCGUGCGUGAGAGGACCAAAGCAAUCGGCGUCCACCUGAACGCCGUGAGAGGACGCUUCUCGGAGCGUAUUACGACCCUCCUCCGCAAGCGAAAAGAUUCUGGCUAUCAUAGCGAAGUUGAAGAGCCGAGAGUGCCGCUCGCAGUCAGAGUCGAUUUUGGCCAUGUCGACUUCGGAAGGACCCCACUUGCCCGGACUGAGAACAGCGUGUCGCCGUCGACGCGCUUCCCGCCGCAUGGAGACGACUCCGAGGUGCCACAAUCGCUUCUUCAACACGACUCCGUGACGGUGCCCUCGGAAAACCCCACAGACAAUGGAAGCACGAUGGCCCAUCAUGAGACGAGCCCACCGAUUGAUGACGAGAGCUCGUCGCUGGCCUCGACCAGGAGUCCUGUCGACGACUUGACGACGGCCCUCUAUGACUGGUGCGCAGCUGAAUUGGUCCUUGUCAGCCGCGGCCACGACGGCCGACCUUUCUAUGGCUACGAGUCUCCGCCUCCUGUCAACUUAUUCGCGGAAGGGCGGGGUUUUCCCCGCAGCCCAUCCCCACGUAGGCAGACCAUCGAGCAGCAGAUAGCACGAGCUGGCGAGCUGUACAGGCUCAUGAAGCUCCGCAUCGAUGAAGUCCACGAUAACGGCGGAUUCGACGAAGAUAGAGUUGAGGAGUAUUUGCGCAAUCGAGCCGAGUCCACGACUGGGAGGGCUCCUUAG